GUCGUCGUCCCGCCCCCUGCUCAUUCAGCAGACGGAGGAGCUCCUGUCAGUCACCACCCGUCUCACGGAGUUGUCCCUGAUGGAGACAGGACGAGCGCCGCUCUCAGACUGACCCCGGUGCAUCUGGACGCUCUGAACAACAAUGGCGAGUCUUUGUGUCAGAGCUGAGUGAGAAGAGGAGCUCCUCCUCUCAGCGGCAGAGUCAGAGAGUCUCCCCCCGGCACGGUGAUGUGUCCCCGGCUGUGUUCGUGGCUGCUGCCGCUGCUGCUGCUGCUGUCCUGCUGCCUGGACGUGUCCUCACAUGAAGUCCCCGGGGCCUCGGUCCUCAGUGCCGCGGACACUCUGGUGUGGGGACCGGGACUGGAGGCCGACGUUGUUCUCCCGGCUCGGUUCUUCUACAUCCAGGCGGUGGACAGCUCCGGGCGGAAUGUCACAGCUUCCCCUGGUGAGAAAACCUUCGACGUGAAGAUUUUGUCUCCGGUGGAGCAGUUCACCAGGAUUUGGAUCCAGGUCCUGGAUCGUCGUGAUGGGUCAUUCCUGGUUCGAUACAGAAUGUACGCCACCUACACAGACCUUCACAUCCACGUUCUGCUCAAGAACAAGCAUGUCGCCAAGUCGCCGUUCAUUCUCAAAGGCCCAGUCUACCAUGAGGUCUGUGACUGUCCCCAGCCCAGUGGUUCUGUAUGGGAGGCCCACAUGCACUGUCCUCAGUCCUUCCCCCAGAUAGACAGGGACCUUUCUCUUUACGAGAGUGUUGACCCUGAUCGUAACGCUGAGGAGAUCCCACAGCGCUUUGGACAGCGGCAAAGCCUCUGUCAUUAUACCAUCAAAGACAACAAGGUUUACGUGAAAACGUUGGGAGAACAUGUAGGUUUUAGGAUCUUUAUGGAUUCUAUCCUCCUGUCACUCACCAGGAAGGUGCAGCUCCCUGACAUUGAGUUUUUUGUUAACCUGGGUGACUGGCCACUGGAGAAGAGGAAACCAGGUGACAAGCUCCAUCCCAUCUUUUCUUGGUGCGGCUCCAACAAUACUAGAGAUAUUGUCAUGCCCACGUACGACCUGACUGAGUCUGUCCUGGAGACCAUGGGAAGAGUAAGUCUGGACAUGAUGUCAGUUCAGGCCAACUCAGGGCCGCCGUGGCCAGAGAAGAACACCACGGCCUUCUGGAGGGGGAGGGACAGUCGUCAGGAGCGACUGGAGCUGGUCAAGCUAUCAAGGGCUCAUCCUCACAUGAUAGACGCAGCUUUCACCAACUUCUUCUUCUUCAAGCACGACGAGAGCCUCUACGGGCCGCUGGUCAAACACGUCUCAUUCUUUGACUUUUUCAAGUACAAGUACCAAAUAAACAUUGACGGCACGGUGGCAGCGUAUCGGCUGCCGUACCUGUUGGCAGGAGACAGUGUGGUGUUAAAGCAGGACUCGGGCUACUACGAGCAUUUCUACAAUGAGCUGCGACCAUGGGAGCACUUCAUCCCAAUAAGGGCGGACCUGGGAGACCUGCUGGAAAAGAUCCAAUGGGCCCGUGACCACGAUGAAGAGGUAAAGAAAAUUGCACUGGCAGGUCAACAGUUUGCCCGCAAUCAUCUUAUGGGAGACAGUAUACUUUGUUACUACUACAAACUUUUCCAGGCAUAUGCCAAACUCCAGGUGACUGCGCCUGCGGUUCGUAAGGACAUGGAGCUUGUAAAGCAGCCGACUGACGACCUGUUCCCAUGUUACUGCCACAGGACGAGGGCAAAAGAUGAACUUUGAUGGACCUGUCACUUACAGAGAAGUCCUUCAUAUCUGAUAUAGUGCCAAAUAAUUUGUACAAAUGUGGAUUAAUUGUAUGAAUGAGUGAUGUUGAUAAAUAUCACCUUAGGUCAUCUUUUUUAAAUAAAUGUAUUUCUUUUUUA